CCGCAUCAUACCCGUAUUGAAGCGAGAGGCGAUAGCUUGCCAGCUGCGCGUUCUUGCUUGUGUUUUUCGGAUGUCGUAGUAGAAUUGACGUUUCUUUCAUAUUCUUUUGUGUAAAACAAACAAAUAUAACCGUUUUUACAUACGCGUGUGAACAUUUCCCGAUGACAUUGUUUAAACAUUUUGAAUCAAAACAUAUUACCGUUGUGGACGUUUUCAACCGUACCAGUGUGCAUUACUCGGAUUCCCAGUGUAUUUUGUCUAAGUGAAUAAAACCAAGAGUGGUGCUAUUUUGAGUUCCUGUCAGGUACCGUGGACACCAGUGAUCAGUGAUUGUUGUCGUGGCCGGUUUCCGUUGUGGAAACUUUCAUAACGUGCAUAUUUCUGUGGGUAAUGCUUUCCUAGCGAAUGCGAGCCAAGCCUGCACGCAUUCCUCAGGGAAGCAAGUGCCGGCAAUAAGCAUUUUACGGGAAGCAGGAGGCGUGGGUGGCGGGGCCGGCAGCGGAGGGCUGCUGGCCAUGAACGCCACCCAGGUGCAGUGCGAGCCACAUGACUCGGUCGUACUUAUAAAAUAUGAACAUCGAUCAGCGGGCGGCAGCUGGGAGGAGCCAGUGAGCGCGGUCAGAAACGCUCCUUUGAGACGCUCCCAACGGCUCAACUCCACGCUGGACUCAAGAAGCACUGGGCAGCUUCGGAAUACGCUGAGCCGCGCUCGUGAGUUGUGCGAGCGAUGGCGCAGUGGAAGCAACGCGCCUUCGCCGCCCACGCCCGCCCCGGACGACGAAGGCGGAGGGCGGCUGGCGCGAUGGUUCAGCGUACGACGUGGUUCUACACAUCAGUAUGAUAUGCACACACAUGAGACGGAUAAAAUGCCCAAGUUGCCGGAGCUCGAGGAGGAUAUGUUCUCCUGCGGGGGCGAACUCCGCGGCGGUCGGACACCACCACCUACCCUGGGUCCACCUCCGGAUUCCCUGACACCCGUGCAGCUCCGACGGCGUCACGUGGUAGCUGCUAUUAUACACAGCGAGAAUUCAUAUGUCGCCACACUACAGAGACUUAUAAUUGACUACAAGAAACCCCUAGAGGAGAGCAGUCCAGCGAUUCUAAAUGGCAGCAAAAUACAGACACUCUUUCACCGGCUUCCGGAUAUACUGCAAUGUCAUUUACACUUUCGCACCGCACUUGCCGACUGCGCGCGGACAUGGGACCGCGAUGAAAAGAUAGGCGAGGUCUUCUUAAACGCGUUCUCAAAGGCAGUAGUGCUUGAUGUAUAUUCGGACUUUAUAAAUAACUUCUCCGUCGCAAUGGAGUUGGCCAAAAUGGAGUCGAAGAGGAAAUCCGCUCUGGCUGACUUCUUCAAAGUGAAGCAGAUCAGCGCACACGAUAGACUCUCCUUCUUUGGGCUUAUGGUGAAACCGGUGCAGCGGUUUCCGCAGUUCAUCAUGUUUUUACAGGAUCUCCUAAAACACACACCUCCUGGUCAUAUAGACCGUGUAGCACUACAACGUGCUUUGACGAGGCUUGAAGCGAUGGCCGACGCCCUCAAUGAGAGGAAACGGGAGGCUGAGAGGACACAGGCUUUCCGCGGUGCCCUCCGUCGUUUGACUCGCGGCGGUGUAGGCGCAGGUGGCGCAGGGGGCGCGGCCAGAUUUGGCGCAGCCCGACUCCUCGCUUCGAGAGCCGAUAAGCGGCAUCUACUACGGCAAGACGAUCUCUUACAACUGGAAUUUAAUCAAUCAGGCACACUGACAAAAUGCAAGCCGCGUCGCUUGUUAUUACUAAACGAUCUGGUUGUUUGUGUGUCUGUGGGUGCUGGGGGAGAGGAGACGGAAAGACUUGGCCUCAAAUGGGCGCACCCUGUGCAGGACGUCGAAGUACUCGAUACGGGGACUUCGCCCACGCUCAGUCGAGUACUUGCUCAGGGUAUGAAUCGUAGUGGAAGUCUACGUUCCAACUCGAGUAGCGGCACCACCGCCGGCGAUUCACUCUGCAAUGAGAUGUCGGCGUUGAUGCACGACUACGAGACCGUAUCGAGGAUGGCAGAUCUCGCUGCUUCACUGAAGACGCCGUAUGCUGAAGUGGCUCCGGAAAUGUUUAGGACGCUCUUGCAAAAUAUACAGCAGAGUAUACAGAAAAAAGAUGACGAGAUGGCCUGGGUGGAUUCCUGCUGCCUCCAACUCACAAUCAGAGGUCGCGAAGAGCCGAUCACCUUCAGGGCUAACGAACCAGGGGCGAGGCGGGCUUGGGCCACUGAAUUAAGGUUGGCCCAGCUUGCGCAGGCGCGGGCCAACGGUCCAGCUUGGAGGUUGCCGGCCAGUACCACACCACCACAUAAGAUGCCCUUGUAUGUGACAGCUGCGCCUGUUUACUCUUCGAAUUCUCUUACUGAGGUGAAAUGCGGCUGCUUCUACUCGAGCACGGGCUGCAGUAAUGGUGGCACUCGUCGUCGCGCCAGGUCUCUCCUGUGGGUCUGCGCAGGCGGCGGAAGUGACAGUCACGUUUCCGUGCUGACCCAUCGGGCUGCUACGCUCAAAACGCUUGUUACGCUCGAUCUGCCAGAUAUUAGGGUAUCAUCAAUAGAAUACGCAAAAGGAGUGAGGCAAGUGACCACACUGUGCGGCGACACAGUCUGGCUCGGCACUGAGGACAAGAAAAUCAUCAUAUUCUCGGGCGUCGAACCCGAGAAGCAGGAGAAACUGAACGAGGUCCCCACUGUAGCGGCAGUCACGCAGAUCCGUUACCACUGCGAUUCAAUGUUCGUGGGUCUUUCCAAUGGAAGGAUAUCAGUGUUCAGAAGGAAUCACGACGACUCCUGGGCGUUGCAAGAACCGAUCGCAAUAGAGCUCGGAGACCAACCGGUUCACUGCAUUCUACCAGUCGAUGGCAUCAUCUACGCCACUUGCGCCAAACGGGUCUUCGCCAUCAACGCCUUGACCGCUGAAAUCAUGCGCAUCAUAGAACUCAAAGGCGAAGGAGAUCGCUCGGUCAAGUAUUUGGCACAUUCCGGAGUCGGUCUUUGGGCAGCUUUCUCAGAUUCCACAUACGUCAGCUUAUACCACACGGAGACUCUGGAACAUCUCCAGAAUAUAGACAUAGCCGCCGAUGUGGCCAAAACUAUCGGAGCCAGAGAAGGCAGCAAACCGGCUCACGUGUCUUCCCUAUUGGCGGUUCAAGGUCUCCUCUGGGUCGGAACCACCGCCGGAGUAAGCGUCACAGUGCCUCUGCCAAAACUAGAAGGUCUACCCUUAAUCGGAGGCCACACCGCGGUCUCCUACCACGCCCAUGCUGGUCCAGUUACAUUCCUCCUCGCGCUGAACCCGGAUGCAAAGGACGUCGACGUCAAUGUCGUCAGGCGCAACCUGUCGAACGCUCGCGCUCUGGCCGACACCGUUCACGAGUACAAAGAAGAAGAGGAGAAGAAUAAACUCGAACGGCGUAUCUCCGAAGAAAUGAGCCCAUAUAGGCCGCAACGCGUCCAAUCCGCUGUCAUUAGAAGGAAGAAACCGGGCGACGUACGUCUAAGCAAAACUCUGCCAAAGUGCGCGAAUCUCAAUGCGUGUGAUGUGUACGGACUUUUCGGUGAUUUAAUGUUUGUGAAGGACUGUGUGGGGGAAGCUGACGUUAGUGGUUCUGGAGGGGAGACCUUACGACGGAGUGAUCCUGAAUUAGCGGCGAUUCCAUUCCGCGUCAGUACCUUGGACAGACGGCUGCGAAUGAGGGCGGGUAGACCGAGGAGUUUGGACUUGUCGAGCUGGUCCGUAGACUCGCGAGCUUCAAGUCUAUGCACGUCAUCUGGGAGCGAGGAAUCGAUGGCUCUACGGGGUGUGUCUCGAACCAGUUCGGGCGCAUCCGGGGCAGCUAGCUUGGUGCCAUUGGCCGUGUCCACUCCGGACUCGGGAAAAUCGAGCGCCUCCGAACGGUCAAUUUCUAGAAGCGAUUCGGCGAAUCAGCCUGAGCUGAGACAGAAGAAGCCGGAAAGGAACGCCGUGAGGAGUUUACGUGGAACGGAUUACAUCGUGGAGAAUAGCAGAAGGUCGAUAGUGACAAUUAUGGGCGGGCGAGGGUAUGUCGACUGGAGGCAAACCGCUGAUGCGGCGGAACGGCCAGUGCCGGCGGCUGACCCCAAUCCCAAAGACGCCCAUCUCAUUAUGUGGGAAAUGCGCUUGUAAUGAACACCAUUUAUAAACUUCAAUCGAUGUCUCGUUUGAAUAUAGAGGGUGUUCAAAGUAGACCUUACAAGUCUAGUAGACGAAUUGAGUCUCUUCUAUAUUGGUGUCAUAUGUAAAUAAAUGGUGCAUGUAGAUAAAUGUAAAUAAGCUAAUAACUGCAUUUCACAGACUGUAACGGCUGGCCUUACACACAAUCAGUUAUUAACCGUUGAAAAGUCAGUGAAUAGAGGAUCUGAAUUAUUAGUUUCCGCGAAUUUUGAGUCUUUCCAUACAUUUGUGUUAGUGAAAUAUAUGAAAUGACUCGAAUAAAUAUUUUCAUAAAAGGUUUGUAAACGCCUUUGCGAUUAGCUUUAAAUUAUUUUUCGAUAUCAUUUAAAUCUAAUUAUUUGUGAUGGACUUAAGAAAACAGGUCACAUGAUAUAUCACAUGGGGUCUAUUCUCACGAUUUAAGAAAAGUUUAGAAUAUUUGUCUUAACAAAAUUUGAUUUUGUAUACAAUUAAAUUUAAUGUAAUUGAGAGUAAAGUGGGGAUUUUUAACACCAUCUGGCAAUACUGAAAAUAUAUAUAGAAACUUCAUUGAAGGAAGAAACAACUAAUAGAAAAUCGCUUAGUUUUAUCUUUCUAUGGAAUGUUUGAAUGAAAUUAAUUUGAAUUUUCAUGGGUUCGAUUCCCGGGUGGUGUUAAAAAAUUCCGCCUUAUAUUGAAAUCCAAAUCGUUGCAACCGCCAUAUUAACAUAGAUUAUUUACUGUUUUACGUAAAUUAAUUACGGUCUUAUUAGAAAACGUUGACUAAAUAUUGAUGUCGGUUGCCAUGGCAACGUCUUUUAAAUUGUUACCAUGGCAACGAGCGGUAUCUAAUCUACGUUUUAUAAGGAUUAAGUUACUGUUAUACAGCCCCGGGUUCACUGGCGCUUUAACGGCCUGUUUAUAUAAAAUUAACUAACCGUUUAAGCGUUGGCAAGUUAACGGGCAUUAUUACGUUAUAGUUAACUGUUAAAUCGACUUAUUUAAAAUCGUUGAACUGAGCACAAAUUGAUUCGAAAUUCUAUAUUAACGUCCGUCUCUUUCGUACUUAGUAAGAGUGAGGGAGACGGCUAGUGUCCUAUACCUAGUGGCCUUAUUUUUCAGUGUUAUAGCAUUUGUUUAAGCUAAAUCGCUUUAAGAAUUAGACUGAUUUAAAUUAAGCGUUUAAAUUUAAUAUUUUACGAAAACGAAACGAGUUUUGUGACUUUGAGCGCAAUAUUUAUUGUAUUUGGCACGAUUUUGCUGUCAAAAUGUGUGUUUGUUUGAUUCUGUAUAUUAAUCACAUUCUGUUAGCGCUUAAUACUUUAAUCUGGAACACAAAUUCAAAUUUCUAUUUUUUACUCAAAAAAUAUUUUUUUUUAUUAAAUUUCAACUUCAAGUAAAAAUACUUAAUUUUUAGUAAAAUCACAAAACUUUCUUUGACUAAAGGCUUAUUCAUGAACUUAAGAUUAAAUAUUGUCAUCUGUUUCUUUCAAAUUGUGUUUACAAUGAGAUAAAAAGAGACAAACUUAGCAAUUCUCUUUUCGACUGCCAUAACUGAAGAACUAGAAGCAAGCAAGACUGCAGGGUUAGUCCGUAAAACUAAAUCGGCAAAAGUUUGUUCUCUAUACUUAAUAUAAAUCAAUUUUGAAGUAAUGAAUUAUUCGCAACAUGUACUAGCGUAAUACGAAAACAAUCGUUUUAAAGCUACGGGGUAAGCCUGCUGAUUUGUACGCACAACUUUUAAGUUUUCUAAGUAUUUGUAAAAAUGUAUAGGAUGAUAGAAAAUGGAAGAAAAUGCAUUACAUUUAAAUUAAAAACAAUUUUUAAAAUAUCCAUUAAAGCUGUUAAACACGCGACAAUUUAAAAAAUGUUUUUAAGUUAAAUCUCCGAAUCCGUGCCAAACUGUUCCGUUAAUUCGAAUGUAACAUUCAAACAUUGUUCAAAUUUAUGUCACAAAAUAAUUAAGGUGUAAAUAAAUUUAAGUUUAUAUGUAUACACCGGUA